GUUCGAAUAUCACCUACUCGAACCAUAUGCAACUUCGUAGCUCAGCAGAGUUUGUUGAGCGUUGGGCACCGCGUUCAACUUGCUACGGUCAACUGGGUCAAGCAAUUUUCAGCGCUUUGCGCUUCGGUCGAUGCAUUAAUUGAAGGUAGGACAAUAUGGGAUCUUACAUAAAGUAUUUAGCAGUUACAUGUUUCGAAAUACAUGUGAUCAAUAUUUUGUUCAAACGUUCAAUAUUUUUUCACUUUGCUUUUAUCAUGACCUGCUCAUCGUUGAUAUCAAGUCGAAUUUGGAAUACAACAAUCAGUAAGUAUUAAAUUUAUACUAGAACAAAACAAGAAAAUGUUAUUUAAUAAACAUAUCAGCUAAAAUUCAGAUGGCUACCAAUGUGACCAGAUGUGGUAUAAAUUUCAUUACUACCGUGGUAAUUUUUCGUCAUUUUUGGAGGAUUGUGGUAAUUGGAAAUUUGUAGUAAUUAUGCACCUAUCAAUAUUAAUCUCGGGGGGUAAGGGUGCGGGCAAUGGGUGGGGAUUUGACAGAAAAUUUAAAAAUUUUAAAUGGAAUGGCCCUUAGAAUGCCCCCCGCUGGUGGGGCAUUCUAUAAAGAUAAUCAAAUGUUUCAAAACAGAUGCACCCAGGGGAUAGAUCAAGGCAAAACAUUUUAACAUUUAAUAUAAAGGGCCACAAAAGGUGUCUGGGCAUCGUAAAUGUUAUCCCCAGAAUCCAGACUAUGUACUGUAUUCAAAUUCCAAAAGGACAGAAGCAGAUGUGGAAAAAAAAGUUUCCGGAACUUCCAGUUUUCUCGAUUCUAGGGUCCAGGCUUUGUACUGAAAUCGCAUGUUGAAUUAUGGAUUGAAUGACAAGUCGCCUGCACCCGGGCAAAAUUUUUUUGUCAAAUGUCUGCCUGUGGGGAUAGAAUUCACGAUCAAAUCUCCACCCAUUGCCCGAACCCUUACCCCCCCCCCCCCGGGAUUAAUAUUGAUAGGUGCAUUACUAUGGUAAUGUCAGAACUACCGUGGUAAUUUUUCGUCAAUUUUGGUCGAUUGUGGUAAUUUGAAAUUUCCAGACCUUAAUCACAGAAUAAGAAGUUACAGCAGAAGCGUAACUCAAGCAAGUAUUUGUCCGUGUUUUUACAAGCGAUUCGUCAUCAAUCAGGCAUUUUGUGCCUACCAAAACCUUAUAAAAACUUCCGGUUGUACUAGCCAGGAUGCAUGACGUGGAUUGGCGUGAGAUAGUUAAAAUUUUCAUGGAUGUAAAACAAUAAGGGAAACGACUAGAGUUACGCUUCUGCUGUAACUUCUUAUUCUGUGCCUUAAUGCACCUAUCAAUAUUCCACCUGUGGGGGGGGGGGGUCGGGCAUAUGUGGGGUAUUUGAUCAUCAAUUGCAUCCCCACCCUGAGGAUUUUGAUUAGCAUUUUGGCAAUUUGAACCGAAUGACUUUUGAAUUUGAGUUGGGGCAAUUUGAACCGAAUGACUUUUAUUAAUAUAGUAUUUAUUACAAUUUAUUGCAAAAUGGUGGGGCUUUGACCAAUAUUUAUUGGCCGACGAUGGGGCAUUUGAUUGAAAAUUUGCUCAAAAAAUCAAAUGCCCCACCCAUGCUUGACACACCCCCCCCCCUGCCCCUGUGGGGCUUAACAUUGAUAGGUGCACAAUUGUACAGAUUUUGGUGGAAAAAACCCUAAAUUUGGUUUUGGCCAUGUUAUACUUGUUAUUUGUCUGGAAAAUUUUUUUGAACCCUAAUUUAAGAAGUGGAUCUCUAUCCUUCAUAGUCAUUCGGGAAUAACAAUUUGAAAACCUGUUGAGUGCAUUUUUUGGAAGUUACUCGAUGGGAUAUUUUACUAGCCCCCUUAUUAAUAAAACACCAAACUUUUGCCACUGUUUUGAAAAUCCCAUAAAAUUCCCCGAUUUCCCCCUGGGAAAAUUGAAGCUUCCUCCAUUGAAUAUUCAGAGCCCCCAUUUUGAGGAGGUGCAUGGGGGUGAGAUGCUUUUCAAGCUUGUCUGGUGUGGAUAUACACUCAGAGUAACAUGAUCACAAACAUACAGUAUUCACCUGGAGUGAGUACAUGACACCACAGAAAAAAAAUCGAGAUGAAAAUAAUCUCUUGUUGUUGUGGUUGUUCGAAUUGGAAAAAUAUCGAUAUCGAACCAAAUUGGCAAAUAUCGAGGAAAUAUCGUAUAUAAUGAAAAAGCUGGUAUCACCCAUCCCUAGUAGUGAGUCUUGUAGUGCACAAACAUCAUGGGCAACUGUAGUGUUUCAAUUCUGUUUCAGACCCAUAUAAUAAUUAUAUGAUUCUGACACUGCAGAAAACAACAGAAAAUUUGUUGUCUCAAGCCAUAGCCUAUCGAAGGGGAGAUGGCUGUGAAACUCGAUCAUUAGAAUAACAAUAUAACUCAUUAUCUAUGUUAGUCAACGUUUAUUCAUAAAUCUGGUCCUUAUUCGUCAUGUGUGUAUUGUAUUUUUACGAAAUCCACCAAUAGCAAUUUCCAGUUUCUCUAUUGUUCGAGUUACGGAUAGGUGACUUUCUUAAAACAUUGCAAUUGGUUAGUUGGGUAAAAAUACAAUACACACGUGACGGUGAAGGACCAGAUUUAUGAAUAAACGUUGACCAACAUAGAUAAUGAGUUUUAUUAUAUACACAAGGUCUGGAUAUGAGGUAUUCUGCAAUCUGAUUGGUUCUCUACUAGCAGGAUAUUAGCUCAUAUCCUGCUAGUAGAGAAAAACAAAAUGGCGGCCAAACUGAAUUUACGAUGUUUUGCAAACGAGAAAACGGCAAGUUGUCGCUUUUUAUAACCUUUACAGGAUUAAAAACACAACGAAAAACUCCCACAAUUUGUUUUCAGGUUAGCAAAUAAAUUUUUAAAAUUUAAAAUGGUUAAAAAUAUAUAUUUUUGAAAAAAUAAUCAGCCGAAAGAGCGAAGAUAAAUACAUAAACAAAAUAGAAAAAUAUUGAAAAUAUCUGAAAAGCAAAGUCUGUGAAUUCAGACCUUGUGUAUAUAAUAAAACAGUUAUUCCACUCACUUUCGUCGAAUAUGAGCGAUAGCCGAUUAAAAAAAGGAGCGGGUAAUUUCCCAGGUGCGCGUCGGCACUCAAAUCACUUGAGCCUGUUUGCUUUCUCUUGGACGACGCUCGAGAUUUACUGUGAAGGCAUUUAUAAUCGUUCAAAUCAUUCAUCAUUCCUAACCUCUUUAUUUGAAAGAUCAGUUCUUUGUAUUCUAAAGGUAUGUCCCAUGUUUUUAUUCAACUAUUUCAACAAUUGCCAACAGAAUCAUUUUAAUCAUUUGCCAUUAUGAUGGCCGCCAUGUACGUAAAGCAUGUACGUACGCCUCCGAAAAGAUAUCUGAGCACUAGCCUAAAUAGCUGUAUUUCAACAAGGAGAAAAGCUAAAAACGUUCAACAAUACUUAAAAUUUAAUACAAAACGUGUUUCCAGAACGUAGAGCAGUUUUAAAGUUGUUUUCUCGGGAGUCAAAGUGCGAAGUUUUUUUCGCCAUGUUCAAUCUUGUGUAAUAUUUUGAAUAGGAAAAUGUUACCCAGGAAGUUUUUGCUGUUAGUGGAUGUAAAAUACCAUACAGGAAACCAAUUUUGAAUGUUAAAGUUGAAACCUUUUGAUAAAAAAGUACUUUUUCUUGCUAAUUUUCGCUCGAAAACAAACUUUUGACUGAAUUUCCUGCUCCUCGAAACUCUUUCUAGUCCUUUUGAAAGUUAUUUAUCCCGCGCCCCUCCUGAGCUUGGCUUCAAAUUUGGCUUUAACCAAUCGUAGGACUUGAUCUCUGGAGUUAUCGUUCCAGUUUUGUUAUAGCUCACUGGUUUAGACUAGUUAUAGGUUAACAAAAAUACUUUUAAAACAUAAAAACCGGAUGACUAAAAACUUGAAAUUCGGAUAAAUUAAUAGUAAAAAUGGUUUAUAGUUUCCUUUGCUCUAUAGAGUUAGUGAUGCAUAAACCCCGAGACAGACUGUAGGUUUUUGAGUAGCACUUGUGUUAUAAUAAUUUUUGUCCAUUUGGUGACCCAAAAACGUUGCGCUAGUGCAUGUGUACGUAUUUUCAGCACGUCAUAGUAAUGUUGUUUACACUUUCAUAAAUAAAUGUCUUUUUUUACUUUAAAAUUCCCCACUGGCGCUUAGCACCUGGCAAAUUACCCUCUCCUCUCCUAAUAACCCGCUCCUUUUACCCGCUCCUUUUUAAUUACCCGCUCCUUUUUUAAUUACCCGCUCCUUUUUAAUUACCCGCUCCUUUUUUAAUUACCCGCUCCUUUUUUAAUUACCCGCUCCUUUUUUAAUUACCCGCUCCCUUUACCCGCGACCCGCUACCCGCUCCAAAUAGCUCCAAAUAGAUCCAAGGAGAGAGUGCAUGCUAGCGCUCAGUGGGUUAAAAAUAUAUUGCUUUUAAUCUUGAGAUUAGAAAUGUAUUGUCACACUUUAACUGUAUUCAUCAAUAAAUCAUGUUGCUUGUCAUUGGCUUUUUUCCAUUAAUAUUGCCCAAGAAUAAAAACAUCAUUAUUUCAGCUCAGCUAAUUAAUGUGAAGGUAGCAUUGAUGGUAGCAAAAUGUGGAGGUAGCGGCAUUGAUGGUCAGGUAGCACCCUAACUUACCUUCAGGGCUAUAGAUAUGUUGACAUGCAGUUUGCUACAAGCAGAUUAUAUUGAAAACUUAAAUUUGCCAAUCUAUAGCUGGUUUCAUUUCAGGUUGCCAAAAUUUUGCUUAGUAAUAUGUGUCUGAUUUUCAUUAAUUCUGAGGCCUUCAGUUUAGAUGUAAAGGACAGCUCUUAAUUUUAUAGCUGCAGUGUACGUACAUGUAGGGUGUAAUACUAUAGCUAGUCUAGUUAUUUUUAUAGUAGAAAUUACUUUGCGUUUAUAUGCAGUUCAAGACUGGUGGACCAUUGGCUGAGAUCUGAAUUGAAAGAGGCAACAUUUCACAACCUGAACAUGAAAUCUGAACAUGAAACAUAAAGGAUCACUCACCAGGUUGGCCUGGUUGUCAGCUUAUUAAGUAUGGUACAGAAAGAUGCCACCAUGAUUCUCCAAGUAUUAAUAAAAUAUUUAAGUAUUAGAUUUAGACUGGGUCUAUAGUGUAUUAAGACUAAUUGUCUAUAUCUUCUUGUAGGGAAACAAGUGUUCAAUCAUUAUAAACGACGAUGUUUCUCAAUGAAAGUGGAUGCAAAACAGUUGGCUAACCUUCGAAAACAAACUGGCUACGGUUUAUCACUAUGCCGAGAGGCCUUGCUAGAGAAUAACAAUGAUAUCAAGGUUGCCCAAGCAUGGCUUGAUGAACAAGCGAUCAAGAAAGGUUGGCAAAAGGCUGAGAAAUUACAAGGGAGAAAAACGGGCGAAGGUGUGAUUGGAGUUAUGGUAGAAAACAAUCAUGCUGCCAUGGUUGAGGUAUAUGUAUGACGUUGCAUGACAGAGUCCAUGGACACUAUAGCCAGCUAGAACAAAAUAAUAAUAUUUGUGCAUGCAUGGAUCUGCUGACGUUUUCGGAUUUGCGUAUACAAAAACAUACUGUACAAUGGAUGACUGCAGCUAUCAACUAAUUUUGUUAUUUAGGCAAGGACGAAAUCUACAGUAUGUCAUUAUAGCUUAAACGAGCAUCCUAAAAUUAGUAAAAUUGCAAAAUUUGGUUGCGAAAUGUUGUAAAGUACAAAAAUAUAGCCCUGUGAAUUAGCUAAUUUUGAGUAUUUUGGUAUUUACGCGCGGGAAAAUGCAUCACUUUUGAGCCGAAAGUGUGGUGCAUUUUUCCGCGUAAUCAUAAUUUAAAUAUCAUAUACCCUUAUAUAUCCUACGCUGUUACUGCUUGGGGAAGUACCUAUGGCUAUAAGUCCAACCUAAAAAAGUUACAAACAAAGCAAAACUAUAAGUUAUGAGGAUUAUGUUCUUUGCAAUAACACAUGGACCUCUCACCAAGAGUGCUCUUCCAUAUUCAAACAUGUUGGAAAUUCUCAGUGUUGAUACUCAUCUUUGUCACAAAGGCCAAUUGCCACGCAUAUUUGACAGUUUAUUCCAGUAUACUAGUGACGUACAUGUACCUAUAACACCAGAUAUUUAUCUAAACAAAACUUACACAAAAAACGUGUCAGAACAAACUAUGGCAAACAAAUUACUUCGUUUGCCUUUAUUGACCUCUGGAAAGAUAUUCCUAAACAUCUUAAAGACCUAAAUGUUUUUUGUUUUUCAAAAUUAGUAAAAAAUGUUUGUUAAAAAAACAAUUUGAGACAAAUUAAAACCAUAUUAACAAAAAUUGUAUAUGCAUGCACUUUAACUUCAUUUUAUUUGGCUCUGCUAAACAAAUGAUCUUUCAUCUCUAAUUAAAUUUUAAAAUUAAUAGGCUGGUAACGGUUAAUUUAGUUACCAGGCGCAAUAUUUAUUAAACAGUGUGUGAACUAUUCAUAUUUAUGAUGUUUGUGUUGUUACUUUGAGUGUAUAUCCACACCGGGCAAGCUUGUAAAAUAUGCCCUGCGACGCUGGGAAUCGUACCUACGACCUUUGGAAUACCAGGUCGUAGGUUCGAUUCCCACCAUGGCCAGGCAUAUUUUAUAAGCUUGCCCGGUGUGGAUAUUUAACAAUUAGUCGCCGAAGGCGAGGUGAUUACAAGCCUAUAUUCACUGAGCCGAAGGCGAAGUGAAUAUAGGCUUGUAAUCACCGAGCCUGAGGCGACUAAUUGUUUUAGUAUAAAUUUCCAGGUGUUUACAAACAAUAAUCCACACAACUUUAUAAAAAUUCACUACAAAUAAAUUUAUUUUCACUAUAAAUAGUUUGUUUACAAAAUUUAAAUCUCAGACACGGCUCUGUGUCGCGUUGCGACUAAGCCAGUUUUUUUCCAAAUAAAAGCACGUAAAGUUUAAUAUUUUACCUUGAAAUAUUUUUAAACCAUAUUUUGUAGCUUGUUUGGUUUUUUUCGGAAUGCUAUCUUCUUUAAUUUUGGCAAUUUCCUCCUCUGUUACUACGGCAAAACGAGCAGCCAUUUUGAAAAAAAAGCUAUAGUCACUGACCAGUGACUAUCACUUCAGAGACAGUGAAUCUUGACCAAUCAGAAUGCAGAAAAAUCAAUAGUCACCUGGAAAUUUAUACUAAACACUCAUAGUAACAACACAAACAUCAUAUUCACCUGAGUACAUAACACCAACACAGAAAAAAAUUAUUCAUAUUUAUUAUUCCUAUUUAUUAUUCAAGAAUUAAUUGUUGUUUGUAAUUUUCAAAAAAGGGCAAAAUUAUGUAUAUAUUAUAUUUUUAUUAUUUUGCAUUUCUGGCUGCAUAUACACCUGUUUUUCCAGUCCUCGCAAGAAGCUCCUCGCUGCGAGUGCAUGCAUGAGCACUUUCAUGAAAGGACUGGAAAACCGCCUUAACACAAUUUUUCAGCAAAACUCGAAUUUAACCAACAAAACGACUUUUUUCAUAAUUUUAAACAAAACAUAGAUGAGCUUUUUCAUUCAUCCAAACUUUAAUUUUUUUAGAAUGAUUACUAUUGCAAGUUUAUCACACCAAGCACAACCAUUGUAUAUAAGGAAAUGGGAUAUUGAUAUUAAGAAAGCUGCGGAUUGAUAUAGGGAUUCCUAUCAAUUCGGCAACUUUCGUAUUACUAGCACUACACACUCUAGCACAGACCGUUCGGGAUAUUGGUACUGCUGUUAUUGCGGUCGAAAACAUAUUCAACACGCAUGUACGCGUUUUAAAAGUACUAGACUAAAUGUGCCAAUCAUCUUGGUUAGGAUUGUAGGUGUAGUUUGAAGUAUAUACAAUUUAAUGAGUCAAUUGUUUAUUUUGUUGUGCUAUUGUAGAUAUGCUGUGAAACUGAUUUCGUGGCGCAGAAUGACUUCUUUAAGGACCUGGUUGCCAAGUCAACCGCUACAGCACUUUCCCAUCGCAAAAUGAUCGUCCAGAGAGGACUGGACUUAGGAGGAACAUUCACACAUUUUCGUGAAGUUCUACUUACUCAUAAACUAAAUGAAAUGAAAUUGUCCAACUCUGACGAAACUGUUAAUGAUCUUGUUUUACAAGUUGUAGGCCGGUUAGGAGAGAGAAUUAUGUUAAAACGUGCUGUUACUAUGACAACCGAGCAAGAUUGCGUAAUCGGACGAUACACUCACGGGCCGUUUACUUCUAAUAUUGAUGGAUGUCAAAUGGGAAAGUAUGCAGCAAUAGUUGCCAUACAACAACCUACUACCUCUAAUAUUGGGAAUGAAAUAUUGGCUACAUUAGCGACCUCUUUAAGUCAACAUAUUGUAGGAAUGAACCCAAGUUGUAUUUCAAGCAAAGAUACCGCAGGUGAAAAUAUUGAUAAAGGCGAAAUGUUGGAGGAACAGUACUAUCUUAUGGACGAGACCAUCACUGUGAAGGAAUUACUUGAUAGGAAUAACGUUUCUGUUGUUGAUUUCUUACGCAUGGAAUGCGGGGAACAGUAGCAUAUGAACCCUGAUAAAAUAUUUCUAUAUGUAUUGUUUAACCAUAAUAAAACAAAUGUCCAGCGAUAACAGAUUGAUAGCAGUCUUUUGUAUUGAUUAAUUGUAGUAGUAUAGCUGCCUAGUUACCAUUAAAUCGCAAGAGUCACGCAAUUGCAUAGCAUAAUACUAAAGUACGUUAGAGGGUCCUACUCCCCCGGAAAAAAAUUUGAAAUCCCAGAUUUGGUACAAUUGUGCAUUCUGGAGACUAGUUGACAGUUAUGUUCAUAUAAUUCCGAACGCCGCCUUAUUUUAAAUAAGAUUAAUAACUAACUUGCAUCGUGCUUGCCUGCUGUAGUACGCGUGAUUCACCCUGAUGAUGAAACGUGAUACCACCCGACUAAACGCCGCUGAAGCAUCUCGAAGUAUGGGGGUUGGAUCUGCCCAAUACCUCGGGUCGAAAUUCGAAAAUAUCCUGCAA